AUGGUUGGUGAAGCAGGAUUUGGAUUUGCGGCUGCGAGCACUUGGUGGUUGUUGGCGGAGAGUGCAGAAAACAUGGUGGUUGUUGGCGGAGAUGGUAGAGAACGUGUUGGAUGGUUUGAAGGAGGGGGGCCGUCAAAUUUGUGGUGUCGCCGCCGUAAAUCCAAUCCAUCACCGCCAGCAAUUCUACCCAAUGAGCUUAUCACCGAUAUUCUAUCUCGGCUUGGGGUCAAAUAUCUGAAGCAGAUGAAAUGUGUGAGUAAGUCAUGGAACACUCUUAUCUCUGAUCCUAUAUUCAUCAAAAUGCAUCUUAACCGUUCAUCACUAAAUCCACAAUUCUCACUAAUAGCUGCAAAUAACAAUGAUCACAGUUUUGUACGCUUCCCUGUUAAUCAGUUAUGGGAAAACCGUAGGAUCAAUAUUCCUCAUGAUCCUUAUUACCAAUUGAAUGACAAGAAUUGUAAUGAGAUUGUUGGUUCUUGUAAUGGACUCGUAUGCUUGGUAGGUUAUUCUCUCAAUGAGAUUACUAGGUAUAAAAAAUUCUGGCUUCGCUUCUGGAAUCCUGCUACCAGGGCAAUAUCUGAUGAAUUAGGCUCGUUUUUCUAUUACGAUAGAUAUAGAUUUGAAUAUUGUAAAUUCACGUUCGGUUAUCAUAAUUCAACUCAAACUUAUAAAGUGGUGUCAUUACGUUCCGUUACAGAUCGUACUAUAUCGAAAACCAAUGUGAAAGGAAUUUACUUCGCGAUUUGA